CAUCACAGUUCAAGCAAUGUAUAAGGCCCAUUGGGGUCAUACACCCGAAAUAGUUUAGUUCGUACGAGGUCAUAUACCUCGGACUAUCAUCACAGGAGGAGUAGCGAUCUAAGCUUCGAAUUGUAUUGAACCCAAAACUUCUAAAACCCCUCCUCUCUGGAGAAAGAAAAGAACCCAAGUUUAAUCUCUGUGGAAUUGUGAAUUGGAAUGGAAACUCCUCCUCCUGAAUAUCAAACCCAACUUUUUGGCUUCCAAGGAUAGAAGCUACAAACCCAUUUGGUGUAUUCUCUUGAUUUAGAUAUUCUACUGGAACCCAGUUGCUCUUUCUGAAGUUCUUCCUCCUUUCUUUGCGUUUUCAGUUGUCUGUUAACUGUCCGACGUAUUGUCUAGCUGGAUAAUUAUUUUGUUUUUCAGUACUCAAGCUAUCACUCUGCCAUUCUUUUCCCGUUCUGGAGAAUGUAUGGGGUGGAAGUUGUGGAGCCAUUUAUUGAACUAGUUUGCCAGCUGCAUCAAUAGACUGGGGUGAAUCUGCAGGGCUCACAAAUUUGCUAAGGCAAGAAAGAGAAAUUCCAGCACAGCAGAGAUUACAGCUGAAAAGGCAGGCCAGAACGUCCCACAGAGGUGGUUGGUGUUCGUUCGGUUCCUGUAGUUCCUAAGGUAGUUGAUGUUUCUCCUGUUCCUGCUACAAUUCCACCAAUCCCUGAGGAAACACCACUCCCUCCAGCAUUUCUGAAGCCCGUGAAGGUGCCAGAGCCCAUCCCUGAAGAUCAGCAACGUGAGCUUGUCAAGUGGAUACUGGGAAUAGAAAAGAAAAGUUAACCCUAAGAAUCGUAAAGAGAAGAAAAGAAUUGAUGAAGAGAAGGCAAUCCUCAAACAGUUUAUCCGUUCAGAAUCUAUUCCAAGAAUUUGAUUCACAAUUCUCUUCUUGCCCAAAUUUCAACUAAAAGCAACGUACCUAGGAUGUAGAAGAACAGUUUUUCGCAUUUUGGUGCUUCUUUGUUGUUACAUUUUGGAUUCACUGUUAGUGUUUAUGCCUCUUUUGAAAAAUUUAGCCUUAUUUCUUGGUAAAUGGUAACCAUUCACCACACCAAACAGUUGGACAUCAAAAAAUAGGACAGCAUGUGCAAAGCCAAGAGGACCUAAGAACUAAGUAAUAUAAUAAGUAAGACAAAAGCAGAGAUUUGGCUGCAGGGUCUUUCAGAUAAGAAAUGAGAAAUAAAUAAAUUGUGGGUCCCUGUUAUGUUAUGUUAUGUUUCCUUACCUUUCCUUCAAGUCCAGCCACAUAUACAUUUUUCCAUCUAAUCUCACUUCUCAACUCUCCCAGCUAUACCCAGACUCUUCUUUGAAGUGUAUUCAUUCCAAUUAACAAAAUUGAAGCCAGUUGAGUCUCCAGUUAAUCUGUAUUAGUUCUGCUUUGUACUUGGCUUCGAUCCUUACUUCAGAGAUUUAUCUACAAUGCCAGGAACCAUCCAAGUCUCAGUUCUAGAUUUCAAGGGUUUGCAUUCAUCCUCUUCAUCCUCACAAAUGUCCAUAAAGGUCUCCCUCGGGAAAACAGAGUAUCAAACUUGGGACAAGGGGGAUUUCUCAUUUCCACUAACAACCCUUCGAGACGAUUUGAUUAUAACACUUCAAGAUGCUGAAGGAAAUGAGAUUUCACAUACAGGCAUUGGAACCAAGAUGAUAGUUGAGAAAGGUAUUUGGGAUGAGAUAUUUCCCCUUGAAGGAGGUGGGCAUGUACAUAUGAAGUUGCAUUUUGUUCUCAAUGAAGAAGAGCGACAGAGAAUCCGCGAUAUGAGAGAAUCUGCCUUGAAGAAAAAGCAUGAUGAGCUCUGCAAUAGGAGCAAAGCAAGUUUAGGAAGUGCUUCUGUUGGUCAUAAUGUUGCAAAAUCCAUGCAUAUGAACCAGGACGUUUCAGAUAAAAAGGAAAGCUCAUCAAUCACAACAGAUAGUUCUAGCAAACUAGCCAUUUCUGUAAAUCACAAACUUGUUCCUCUCAGAAGGGAAGAAGAUGUGGCUAGUGAGCCCAAGAAGCUGGGGCCAGUGGAGAAAAACCAUAGCAAUGUAAGGAAAAUGAUAAGUGUCUUUGAGAGUAGUAGUCUGUCUCAGGAUAAGAAAGUUGUUGUAAAACCUCCACUAACAAAAUCUGAGCUAAGAAAGACUGGGAUUGACUCCAUGGUAGGAAGUUCUCAUGUAAAUGAAAUUGGCAUAGAGAAGAAUGUAGAUGCAUUAUCAAGUUUAGACAGGUUUAGAAACCCUUCUAUUACUAGCCAGCUUCAACAAGACAAAACAUAUGUCUGGAAAAAGGGAAAGCAAUAUGCUUCAAAGAAUAAUUUCAAUGUGGUGCAGAAAGAAGUCGGUGACUUGAGGAGGGCAUCCAGAUUUGAGAAAGCUGCAUUCUCCGGUAGAGAAGCUUCAAAUGAUCAUAAGCUGAAUUCAGCUGCAUUCUGGAAUGAUGACAGAUUUUCUAUUGUGAGCUCUGGUCUUUGGAUAUUCCCAGAUGAAGCUAAAUGCUUGUGCAUAACAAGCGGAGGCAAAAAAAUGAUGGAUUUAUUGGGUGAUAUCUGGACUGAAACAAACACUUAUCAAAGGAAGAUGGGUACUUAUGAACCAGAAGAUGUAGGAGAGGUUCAUGAAGCUGCUGCUAGUGAGCUUAAUGAAGAAAAGAAGUCCCCUGGGAAGUUGAGAAAGCCGAGUGAGAAUUCAGCACAUGCAGAAGAUUCCAGAGGACCAGUUGGACAGGUCAUACAUUUUCUCUUCACUAGCCUAACACAAACACAUCCCUGUUAUAUCAUAAGGUGUUGUAGAACUGACAAAAGGCAUAUCCCUUGCUUUUCCCUUGAUUUCCAUAUGGCUUCCCUUUUGCAUAUCCCAACCAUGUAAUAGAAAAAUCAUCUGAGGAAAUGCUGUUAUUGAGUCUUUUUUUUUUUCUUCACUUUUCAUCUUCUCCUUAGGUGCUGAGGAUUGCAAUCAUGGUAGGCUUUGCAGCACUAGUUCUCCUAACUAGACAAAGAAAAUACAGGUAUUGAAGUCUC